CACGCCAUUGCUGCAGAGUGAACUAUUACCUCGCAACUGACCUAUCACUGUCGCAAUUCUCUCCUCAAACGCAGGACGGACAGCAAGUUCGGCCAACAUGUCCAUCAAACGCGCCCGCAGCGACUCCGACUCGCCUGCCGCCGCCGAUCUGUUGUCGUCCGAGGAGGAUGGGGCCCCGUCCUGGCCAGCAUCCCCAGCAUCCUCCACCGCGCCCUCUCUCGGACGCUCCAAAAUGCACUUGCCCGACACGGCCGCUCCGGUUGCUGAAGUCAUGCACUGCUCCCUCCCACCGCACCGCGAGACCAUCGUCUUCGCCUCCUACGACGAUUACGAGGUCCAUUACCGGCAGUCACAUGUCAACCGCUGCUCUCAAUGUGGGAAGAAUUUCCCCACGGAUCGUUUCCUGAAUCUUCACAUCGAAGAGAACCAUGACGCCAUCGUCGCUACGCGACGGGAACGAGGCGAGAAGACGUACGGGUGCUUCAUCGAGGACUGCGAGCGCAAAUGCUCCACACCUCAGAAACGCAGAAUGCACCUCAUCGACAAGCACAUGUUUCCCAAGCAGACGUACAAUUUCUACAUAGUCAAUGAUGGGAUUGAUAAACAGACCUCGUUGUUGCGGCCAACCAAGACGCACCGGCGCCGUCUAUCUACUACUCCAGCCUCGCCCCAGGAAGGGCGGCUGAGGAACAGACCGACUUCUGGGUCCUUUUCGAGCGCGAACUCGGGUGUGCAACAGACUCUCGCGACCCCCGCGGUCGCCGAUGAGAUGGAGAUCGCCGAGCUGGAGAAGUCCAUGUCUGCGCUGCGAUUCGUGCCAACCAGUGUUACGAGGAACCAUGGCAGGGUUGGAAGGAGAUCUUGA